AUGAACGGAGAGGACAAAGGGCCCGCUCUGGAUGGAGCGGGGGAAAUACCUGAGCGCGGUAAGGAUACGAUAAACUUGGUUGUACUUUCCAUUGUAUCUCAAUCCCGCCACAUCGGCGAGCGUGCCGGUUGCCAACGAACCAUCGGCACCGGUGGCGUUGGACUGCCAAUCUUAACACUGGACGUACCAAUGACCCCCAUGGCCAUCCAAGAAUCAAACCACAACACCUCAGCCCGUCGCGACGAGGCUGAAGCGGAGGGCGAGAGGAGAGUCUCGGGCGGGCGAGGCAAGAUGGGGGGGAAUGGAACAGACUGUGGUCUAUAUCAGGCAGUAACGAAGGGGCAGGAGAAACACAUCUUGGACUGCAUCGUAGGCGUUGAUCUUGUACCAGGUCCCAUCAAGCCGAAGCCCAGGAACAGUGACGAUUACAAGAGCUUCCUGAACAAGAUGGUCUCCAAUUUAGUUUCCAGUAUAGAAUUUAGCGGCGCGCAAUUCCAGGAGUAUAGUGAUGAUGGUCGAGAGUUCACCGCGAUUGACAAUACUAGCAAUUGCAUUAGCGUACACCGAAUACGUUGGGAACCUGAGCGGCGGAAAAUCCAAGGCAACGGAUCAGAUAUUGAGGCCAUCGACAACCUGCAAGGGUUGGUGGAAGACCAUCCGCAACUCGAAAAUGAGUUAACAUCCUGGUUGGCUCAUGCACAAUGGCGGAAACCCGAUAUAUCGGGGAAACCAUGUUUGGUUCAUGCACUGAGGAACGUCCUUCUCCAAAUGGCGGAUGAAUGGAGGGCACGAGAUGAAGAGGACGGGAGGGACGACAAUGAACAAGAGGACGAAGAGGACGAGGAAGAGAUAAUACGUUGGAACCGAUGUCUCGAGUCCAAUGUCACUCCAAUUGAACAGACCUCCAUCGGUGGCGUGAUAACCAUCCAACGCUUCUAG